UUGGCGUCCUGGGCUUCGGCUGUUCCUUCUUGGACUGGGAAGUGGAGCGGACAGGGUAUGGCCCAGGUUAGGAAAUCUGGCGCUCUUGCGGCGCGCGGGACCCCAGGGGCUGCUUAGGCCAGAGCGAAACGAGGGGUCCCCCCGCGGCAACGCAGGACCCAUAUCCACCGCUCCCGCUCAGACGGGAGGACGCGGUGUGCCAGGAUGGGGGGCUGCUAUGCUGGCUGCGCCGCCACCCGGCCUAGUGCCCUCGCCUCCAGGGGCCGGCAUGGCCCUGUCCUUCGGGGCGGGACCCUGCGCUCCCGUCCCCCCAGUGGUGACGGGGACCCCCGACGCCGAGCAGCGCCGUAUCUGGGGAGCGCCGCCCGGUACGCAGGGAAGAGGCACUCAGGGCUGCGCGCGCCAGAGUGCAGCCCGCCGAGGGCAGAGCCACAGAGCAGGGGGGCCGGCGAGGGACCGCGGCCGAGGGCGUCAAGGGCGCCCCUCCAUCCCCAGCGUCCCCUGACUUGCCCUUGGAGCCCCAAGCUCCCAGGAGCCGUUUUCUACUCGUGGGUGCAGGACUUAGUCCCAGAAAAGUUCCGGACACAUGCGCUGCUGCCGCCGCCCGGAGACGAAAAGACACUCCCCGCGCAAGCGCGGCCGACUCCCUCAGCUCCUGCGGCCGCCACGCUGCGAGCCCCGGCGUCCACGGUACGACGGGAACCAGGAUGCAGCGAGCCCCAGGAGCCAGCCGCCCCGGUGCACGCCGGGACCGGUAGUCCGCGCCUCAGGGUAGUCCACCGCUCCGGUGCACGCCGGGAUCGGUAGUCCGCACCCCAGCGUGCAGGCCGUCCCGGUGCACGCCGGAACCGGUAGUCCGCGGUGGCGCGGUCCGCCCCUCACCUGGCCAGCGGCGGGCGCUGAGGGGCCCAAUGGGAGCCGCAGCCUGGCCGCCCCGCCCCGCGCCUCCGGACGUCUGUGCCGGGACAAGGCCGCCGCUGGUGCCGGGUCCUUGAGCAGAGCGCCUCCCGUCCGAGGCCAGCCGCCUCUGUCAGCCGUCCUUGCGGGCCGGGUCUGAAGCGCCGCCGGGACGGCGAAGAGCCGCGGCCGCCGCGGAGAAGGAGGCAGCGCAGGAGGCCGGAGCGGCCGCCGCGCCCGAGCACAUGGCGUCCAUCUUACUGAGGAGCUGCCGCGGCCGGGCGCCCGCCCGCCUCCCGCCGCCGCCUCGGUACACCGUCCCGCGGGGUAGUCCAGGGGAUCCUGCUCAUCUCAGCUGUGCUAGCACCCUGGGGUUGAGGAACUGCCUGAAUGUUCCAUUUGGCUGCUGCACUCCCAUCCACCCUGUGUCCCCAUCCUCCAGAGGCGAUCACCUUGGCUGCUGGACUCUGAGGCCCCAGUGCCUUCGCAUAGUGUCGAGAGCGCCAUGGACCUCUACCUCUGUGGGUUUUGUGGCUGUGGGACCUCAGUGCCUUCCUGUGCGUGGCUGGCACUCUUCGCGCCCUGUUCGCGAUGACUCAGUAGUAGAGAAGUCCCUCAAGUCCUUGAAGGACAAGAACAAGAAGCUGGAGGAAGGCGGCCCGGUGUACAGCCCCCCCGCAGAGGUGGUGGUGAAGAAGUCCCUGGGGCAGAGGGUGCUGGACGAGCUGAAGCACUACUACCAUGGCUUCCGCCUGCUAUGGAUCGACACCAAGAUCGCGGCACGCAUGCUCUGGCGCAUCCUCAACGGCCACAGCCUGACCCGCCGGGAGCGCAGGCAGUUUCUCCGGAUCUGCGCCGACCUCUUCCGCCUGGUGCCGUUCCUUGUGUUCGUGGUGGUGCCGUUCAUGGAGUUUCUGCUGCCUGUUGCUGUGAAGCUCUUCCCCAACAUGUUGCCAUCCACAUUUGAGACUCAGUCACUCAAGGAGGAGAGGCUGAAGAAGGAGCUUCGGGUCAAGCUGGAGCUGGCCAAGUUCCUCCAGGACACCAUCGAGGAGAUGGCCUUGAAGAACAAGGCAGCCAAGGGCAGCGCCACCAAAGACUUCUCUGUGUUUUUCCAGAAGAUCCGGGAGACAGGGGAGAGGCCCAGCAAUGAGGAAAUCAUGCGUUUUUCCAAAUUAUUUGAGGAUGAGCUGACCCUGGACAACCUGACACGGCCGCAGCUGGUGGCCCUGUGCAAGCUGCUGGAGCUGCAGUCCAUCGGCACCAACAACUUCCUGCGCUUCCAGCUUACCAUGCGGCUGCGCUCCAUAAAGGCAGAUGACAAGCUGAUUGCUGAGGAAGGGGUGGACAGCCUGAAUGUCAAGGAGCUGCAGGCAGCGUGUCGGGCACGAGGCAUGCGGGCCCUGGGCGUCACGGAAGACCGCCUGAGGGGUCAGCUGAAGCAGUGGCUGGACCUGCACCUGCAUCAGGAGAUCCCCACAUCGCUGCUCAUCCUGUCCCGGGCCAUGUACCUCCCAGACACCCUCUCUCCAGCCGACCAGCUCAAGUCCACACUGCAGACCCUCCCAGAGAUUGUGGCAAAGGAAGCGCAGGUGAAAGUGGCCGAGGUGGAGGGUGAGCAGGUGGACAACAAGGCCAAGCUGGAGGCCACGCUGCAGGAGGAGGCGGCCAUCCAGCAGGAACACCGUGAGAAGGAGCUGCAGAAGCGCUCGGAGGCGGUGAAGGAUGUUGAGCCCGAACGUGUGGUAGCUGCUCCCCAAAGGCCGGGGACCGAGCCACAGCCAGAGAUGCCUGACACAGUCCUGCAGUCAGAGACCUUGAAGGACACUGCCCCCGUGCUGGAGGGCUUGAAGGAGGAAGAGAUCACGAAGGAGGAAAUCGACAUCCUCAGCAAUGCCUGCUCUAAGCUGCAGGAGCAGAAGAAGUCACUCACCAAGGAGAAGGAGGAGCUGGAGCUGCUGAAGGAGGACGUGCAGGACUACAGCGAGGACUUGCAGGAGAUCAAGAAGGAACUUUCAAAGACUGGUGAAGAAAAAUACGUGGAAGAAUCUAAAGCCAGCAAGAGAUUGACAAAAAGGGUGCAGCAGAUGAUCGGGCAGAUCGACGGCUUGAUCUCGCAGCUGGAGAUGGACCAGCAGGCUGGCAAGCUGGCCCCAGCCAACGGCAUGCCCACGGGGGAGAACGUCAUCAGUGUCGCUGAGCUCAUCAACGCCAUGAAGCAAGUCAAGCACAUUCCCGAAAGCAAGCUCACCAGCCUGGCCGCAGCACUGGAUGAAAACAAGGAUGGCAAGGUCAACAUCGACGACCUCGUCAAGGUGAUUGAGCUGGUGGACAAAGAAGAUGUUCACAUCUCCACCAGCCAGGUGGCUGAGAUUGUAGCAACACUGGAAAAAGAGGAGAAGGUGGAGGAGAAGGAGAAGGCCAAAGAGAAGGCAGAGAAGGAGGUCGCAGAGGUGAAGAGCUAGAAUCACUGUCCUGGGCACCUGUCCUCCUGCUGUGCCGCCACCCUGGCAAGGGCCGUGAGGGCGAUUGCUUUGUGGUGAUUCUCAGUGGCUCAUCUAAUAUUUUGGCUGGAAUAAAUCAGAGACUUCCAUAAUCAAGUAAAUUUUAAUUUUCAUCAUUCCACGGAGAUUCAGUCUGUCUGGAAUCCAGGAACCCCUCCACAGAAUCGUGUCUGGAUCCACACUGUGGUGUGGCUGCCACGGCCUCCUGGCUCCAGAGGCAGCUGGGCCGGGCCAAGGCAGGAAGGCGCCCCCAUGUGCGUGGCCUCACGUCUCAGCAUCUGACUGUGCUGCCCUGUCCCCAGGGAAGAGAAUGAGGACCACGUGGACUCCGCCCACACAGAGCUGGCUGCUGUGCCCACCCUCAGGGGCGUCAGGAGACACAGCCUGUCCUCCUCAGGGCUGAAGAUGCCUCCAUUCGCCUGUGGACCUUGAUUUCUAGAUUUCAGUGUCAAUAGACCUGUCUUCCUGCACACUUUCAGUUAGAUGUGGGUCAGUGUGGAGACGGAGGUGUCUGCCAUCUCUGUGGCCUCUGGAGAGUGAUGUCUCCCUGCUGGGAGUGCUGGUUCUCACGUGCGGUUUCCCUUGUGUAUUGGAGCUCUUUCUCGGCUUUCUAUUUCCCCCAGUUCUUUAAGCAGUCAAUUGGCACAGAGUUUCCCACGCUGGUCUGCCUGCCCCAAGAGCCGCGCGACUCCGACGCAGCCCUGGCCAUGGGGCUCCCUUGGGUGGUGCUUGGGCUGCGUGCCACGGGGGCUGCAGUGGAUUCACUGUGUCAGGGAUGAGCCUGGCUUGGGGGUUGGUGGGGCUCUGAAGUGCAUUUGGGGUUCUUUGUAGCUUCUAAUGUGAGGUUUGAGUCCAGUGCGCCCACAGCAGCAUGCCCUUCUCACCCCUUGCGGUGUUGCAGGCUCAGGCCCCUGGGCUCCUUCAGCAAGCAGGCUAGUCAGUGAGGCAUGAGGAUCCGGCACAGGGCAUCCCCUGGGGCUUCAAGGGCAAUACCCCCGUGCUUAGGGUUUGCCCUGUGCCCUCUGGGUGGGGCGGCCUCCCCGCACUCGGCACUCGGCAGCAUGGCCAGGCUGGCCAGGGCGUGGGCCUGUGGUGUCCUGUGGCACCUCCACCCUCCUGCCCAGCCGGCUGUGUCACACUCAUCUUUUUAAGGUCAGGUUGGUUCCUGGCAAAAAUGUCCCUCCAGGGGCCUCCAAGCAUAGGAUUUGGAAGACAGGAACGGCACAGGCGUCCAGGAAAGCAGCUGCGCUCAGACGAUGCCUUCUCCAUUACUUGAAGCUUCUUUCUGUUCAGCCAUUAAAGAAACUUGACAAAAUAGGAACAGGAGAUAUUUCUCAAUUGUAAACCUUUGUGCAGGGACAGUUGGCUUCCAGAGGCUUUCAGAUUGCAGUUAUUUGCGAAGUUGGUUUUAGAUCCUUAACUAAUAUUUAUGAAUCCUCUCACCCUGUGUAAGUAGCCUGGUGUUCGUUUGUCCAAGUGUACUUACCCUCGAGAACAAGCCUUGCAGUUGCCAGGUGUGUGCAGACGCCUCUCCUGUGAGCCGCGUCGCGGGCCCAGUCAGCUGCCCCGGCUCUCAUCCUCGUCCCCACCGCCUGGGCUGAGCAUGUUGACGUGAACAGCCACUGCCACAGGCAGCCCAUCCCACCGUCCCCUCUGCCCUGGACUCCGCGUGGCCUCCGAAAGCCAGCUUGCCCUCCGGGUGCUGCAGGGGCUUGGCAGGUGGGGAAGGCUCUGGUGGGUGCCUUUGGUGGCUUCCGUGACAUCAGCCGUGCUCUGAUGCAGGCUUGCUCCCUCGUCAUCCUCCCUCAUCGUUCUGUGUGCAUUUUUCUCUAUGUCCUGACCUUUCUUCUUGCACCUAAAAGUGGUGUCUGGGUGCAAAUGUAAGCAGUGGUGGAUCCAGAAAUAAGAGCUUUGUGUAAUAAGCUUCUUAAAACAGUCCUUUCUUACACCUGCCCAGGGCCAGACCCUCGGUCUUGGCCUUUUUCAGGAGCUAGGAUAUCUGCGCCUGGUGAAAAUGAAACGAAUUCCUGAUUUAGGAAUUCAGUAUUUCCUCCUCACUCCGGCUAAGCACUCACUUUUUUUUUUUUUUUGAUACGGAGUCUCGCUCUGUCACCCAGGCUGGAGUGCAGUGGUGCGAUCUCGGCUCACUGCAACCUCCACCUCCCGGGUUCAAGUGAUUCUUCUGCCUCAGCCUCCUGAGUAAUUGGGAUUACAGGCAUGCACCACCAUACCCAGCUAAUUUUUUUUUUUUUUUUUUUUUGAGACAGAGUCUUGCUCUGUCUCCCAGGCUGGAGUGCAAUGGCGUGAUCUCGGCUCACUGCCAGCUCCGCUUCCUGGGUUCACGCCAUUCUCCUGCCUCAGCCUCCUGAGUAGCCAGGACUACAAGCACCCGCCACCACACCUGGCUAAUUUUUUUUGUAUUUUUAUUAGAGACAGUGUUUUACCGUGUUAGCCAGGAUGGUCUCGAUCUCCUGACCUCGUGAUCCGCUCACCUCGGCCUCCCAAAGUGCUGGGAUUACGGGCAAGUUUUUAUUAGAGACGGGGUUUCAUCGUGUUGGCCAGGCUGGUCUUCUACUCCUGACCUCAGGUGAUCCACCCGCCUCAGCCUCCCAAAGUGCUGGGAUUACAGGUGUGAGCCACCGCGCCCGGCCUGAACUCUCAGUUCUAACGCAGGGAUUCAGGAAUUGGGCUUUCAGACUCCUUCUGCAGUGUCACAAUCCAGACUUUUUUUAAAUGAAGGGCACCCCGCAGUGGCUCGCAGUGGGUCCCGGUGCUGGCAGGAGCGUGCUGGCGAGCCGGCUCUGUCUUUGUAAAUCCUCCGGGGGUCCUAGGGCUGACUCCACCGGACAGCCCGUCCUGGGCCGUGUUAAGCACCUUUUGUAGAAAUCGUAUUUUUAUUAAAACAUCAAAUCUGUGUUCCUUUAA